UAGGUUUUUCUGGGACUACACUGGAGAGGUCGAUAGUUGGAACAUGUUGUUUAAUCUUUAAGAUUCUAGUCUUUUGUGAUUUAUUUAAAUACAAAAAAAUGUUUUGUGAAGAAGGAAUAGAAUAUUUGAGUGCACAGCAGUACUGGAAUACAACUGACCCAGACUUCUCAGAAUGUUUUCAGAAGACAGCAUUGUUAUGGUUUCCAUGUGCUUUCUUGCUGUUGUUAGCGCCAGUCCGAAUCUUGCUAUUGGAACGCAGUCGUGACCAGCACAUCAUACCUUGGUCAUGGCGCAGCAGGAUAAAACUGGCGAUGGCAUCUGUGAUUGUCUUGCUGGCGGCCCUUGACAUCGGCUUCGCCACCUACGAACAUUUCAAUGGCAACAAGAACCCCAUUGUCAACUUCCUGUCCCCUCUAGUCAUAAUACUUACUAUGGUAGUGUAUGCGUUGGUGGUCCAUUUUGAGCGCAAGAACAGCGUGAGGUCGUCCGGUUUCCUGUUCCUAUUCUGGUUCCUUUUCUUCCUCAUCUCCAUUAUAACAUUCAGAUCCAAGAUCAGGGUCGCCUACUUACAGGACCAUGUGGAGGACAUGUUCCGGUUUGUGACCUUUUAUCUCAUGUUUGCCGUCGUGAUGGCCCAGGUUAUCAUAGCCUGCAUCAUCGACAAGCAACCUGUAGGGGCAGUGCCAGUGGAAGAUGAGAACCCUUGUCCAGAAUGGAAUGUAUCAUUCAUCUCAAGGGUGACAUUUUGGUGGUUUACCAGCCUGGUUAUUCAGGGCUACAAGCGUGCCCUGGUGGCCACAGACCUGUGGAAUCUCAACCCAAAUGACAAGUCUCGAAAUAUAAUGCCCAAGUUUGAUCACAACUGGCAGAAGGAGCUUCAAAGAUGGAGGGAGUGUGCCACCAAUGCUAAACCAUCAUCUAACAGUGCAUCGCGAGAGGUUGAAAUGAAGGAUAUGAGUGGAGGGGCGAGUAAGGACAUCAAGGACACCCCAGAAGUUCAAACUAUCCAGCAGGAGUGCAAGAAGGAGAAUCCACGCCUGUUUAGGGCCAUGGCUAAAACAUUCUGGUUCAAGACUCUAUGUGCUGCAGGCUUCAAGCUUGUCUUUGAUAUGCUGCAGUUUGUUAGCCCUCUGCUGUUAAAGUUCCUGAUUGGUUACACAACAGACAAGAGCCAGGAGACGUGGAAGGGUUACUUCUACGCAUCUCUCAUGUUGGCCGUUGUCAUGUUCCAGUCAAUCAUCUCACACCAGUACUUCCAUGCCUGCACGGUCGUUGGCAUGCGUCUCCGCACCGCAAUCAUCGGAUCUGUAUAUGAGAAGAUGUUGAAGCUGUCAAAUACUGCGAGGCGUUCCUCCACCGUGGGCGAGAUUGUGAACCUGAUGUCAGUGGAUGCCCAGCGUUUCAACGACAUGAUGACUAACAUCCACAUGAUCUGGUCAGGCCCUGUACAGAUCACAAUAUCCAUUAUCUUUCUCUGGAGAACGCUAGGACCUUCCAUCAUGGCAGGUGUUGGAGUGAUGGUGGUGAUGAUUCCACUGAAUGCUGUUGUUGCUAACAAGGUGAAGGAGUACCAGGUACAACAGAUGAACCUCAAGGACAAGCGCAUCAAGAUGAUGAACGAGAUUCUCAAUGGAAUCAAGGUGUUGAAGCUCUACGCAUGGGAGCCAUCGUUCGAGAAGAAGGUUCUGGAGAUCCGGAACAAGGAAUUGGCAGUGCUCAAGAGGAUGUCGUAUCUCAACGCUUGUACCACCUUUAUGUGGACUGUCGCUCCUGUUCUGGUGUGCCUGGUGACAUUUGCGGUGUACGUGCUGGUGGACUCGAGCCACAUCCUAGACGCUGAGAAGGCAUUCGUCUCCCUCUCCCUCUUCAACAUCCUACGCUUCCCCCUCUCCAUGCUCCCACAAGUCAUCUCCAGUGUUGUACAGGUGCGUGUGUCCCUAGAGAGAUUGUGCAAGUUCCUUGGCAACGAUGAGCUCAACCCCAAUGCUGUACAGAAUGACCCUGAUGCAAAGCAUGCUGUGUCUAUCAAGGAUGGUGAAUUUUCAUGGGAGAAAACUGGGAUAUCUACACUAAGAGACAUCAAUUUGGAUGUGCCAGUUGGUAGCCUGGUGGCAGUUGUGGGCACCGUGGGAUCCGGCAAGUCCUCAAUGCUCCAGGCUGUCCUCGGUGAGAUGGAGAAGAUACACGGCAAUGUUACUGUCAAGGGUUCGCUGGCCUACGUAUCUCAGCAGGCGUGGAUUCAGAACGCCACCCUGCAGGACAAUGUUUUGUUUGGAAAGUCUGCUGAUGUGAGUCGCUACCAGGAGGUGAUUCAGGCCUGUGCUCUACAGGCUGACCUUGACAUCAUGCCUGCUGGCGACCAGACGGAAAUCGGAGAAAAGGGCAUUAACCUUUCUGGGGGCCAGAAGCAGCGUGUUAGUCUUGCGAGGGCUGUAUACCAGGAUAGGGACCUGUACUUACUGGACGACCCUCUCAGCGCAGUAGACUCACAUGUCGGCAAACAUAUUUUUGACAACAUCAUCGGCCCUAAUGGACUUCUCAAACACAAGACACGUGUUCUGGUGACGCACGGUGUUGGUUUCCUGCCAUACGUGGACACAAUUGUGGUGCUAGUGGACGGCAUGGUCUCAGAGAUGGGCUCAUACCGACAGCUCCUCUCCCACGACGGCGCCUUCGCUCAGUUCCUCAAGAACUACCUGUCAGAGGAGAUGGAGAAGGAGAAUGCUGGAGAUAUUGAGCUGGAUGUGGAGACAAUCUCCCAGAUAAGUUCCCUGAUGAAGGACAGCAAAGUCUUACAGAAACAGGUGUCAGUAUUGUCAGAGCGAGUGAGGACUGUCUCUGAGGCCGUUUCAACCCCGCCAGGAACACCUGACCUCACAAGACGUAAACCACUGCCUGGGACCCAAGAUCUCAACAGGAAUGCAGCUGGGAGCCAACCAAACAAGUCUGCUUCCGAUGAAUUGCCCAAUGGUGUUAAGCAGGCUCAAAAGGAGGAAGAGAAAAAGUUGAUUGAAGCUGAAAAGAUGGAAACUGACAGGGUGAAGAUGGGAGUAUUUUUAGCGUACAUCAAGUCGGUGGGUAUAUUCCUCAGUUUUUUAACUGUGCUGUUCUAUAUCCUCUACAACGCUGCCAACCUCUACUCAAAUGUCUGGCUUAGUGAAUGGAGCAAUGACGCCACAAAACUCAACGGCACUAGCGACCCGGACCAGCAGCGCUUACGUCUUGGGGUGUACGGAGCCCUGGGAUUCAUCCAAGGUAGGUCUUUUAUAUUGCACAGAAACAGUUAACUGACAUUUACCAUAGUUGUCAUGAUAACUUGACUUAAUUGAAUUGUAAAAAAAUACUUUCAUGCAUUAACUGUUAUGAUAAUUAACUAUAAAAAAGAAGUCUUUUUCUAUGGGUUAUCGAAGUAGAAUUGGCAGCUACGUCAUGAUUUUUCUGUGUCACUGGUAAAAUAGAAUUUGACCUUGUACUUUAUCUUCUAUGUAUUUUUAGUGACCAUUUGACUUUUACUUGAUUAUGAAAUACUGUAGCUUAUUAAAAAAAUUAUCAACCAUAUUCAUUAAUAAAUGUUGUUGGUUUCAUAUUUUUACUGACAAUAAAAGUAUUUUAAAUGAUACGCUUUCUUCUUAAAAACUAUUUCUCACAAUGAUAAACCUGUGGUGUUUUCUUUUCUAUUAUUUAUGUAGUUUAAAUGUUUCUCGUUACUUGUAAUUAACAUUUGAUAAAAAAAAAACUUGUUCAAAACCCUGCUAUCAAUCAACUGUGUUUGCAUUCAUAUUAAAGGUAAUGGCUGUAUUGCAUGCUCACAUUUGCCAUUAGACCUUUGCAAUCGGAAUGGGUUUGCC